AUGGCCGUCAAGCUCCUCCUCGCCCUGCUUUGCCUCGCCCUCACCGGCACGGCAGCCCCCUCCCCAUCCACUGACAAUGCCACCAAAACCACGCCCCUGACCGGCGUGACGCACUCGGUUGUCGCCGGCCUCGGUGGCCUCAGGUUCGAUCCGGACAACGUCGUCGCCCAAGUCGGCGACGUGGUAGAGUGGCACUUCCUCCCGCGGAACCACUCCGUCGCCCAGUCCAGCUUCGCCGACCCCUGCCGGCCUCUCGGCUCUGGGUCAGGGUCAGGGUCAGGGUCAGGUUUCUUCCCGGGCUUCGAGUUCGCCACCGAGCAGGGCCAGGCUCGCAACGUGUUCCAGAUUGUGGUCAGGGACAUGGCCACCAUCUGGUAUUACUGCCCUCAACAGGCGGGGGAUCAUUGCCAGAACGGCAUGGUCGGCGUUGUCAACCAGAACUUUGAUAACCCGGGCGUGAGCCUGUCGAGGUACAGGGAACGGGCUGCUUUGACGGGACGGUCUGUGAUUCCUCCUGUUUCCGACGUGGGAAAAGUUAUUGUCAAUCCUAAUCCCAAUGGGGGAUUUUGA